UAUGAAUAUAAUUGGCAUAUCAGUAUCAACUCAAAUGAACUUGUAUAAUAAGGUUCUUGUGCUCUUGCGUCAAAUGGUCGCUGUCUGUAGCGGUGCAGAUGUAUUGGUCGGCUGCAUCUUGUAAAUUGUUAUGGUGCAGUGGUAAUGCUAGUUUCUUCAAGUAACCGCAAUAGAACGUCACUAUUCACUAAAGUCGGUGGCACGGUGCAUGCCUGUUGCGUAAAUUUUUUUCGGACUAAUUGAAGGUCCAAUUGAACGGAGAACUACCUAAUCGAUAUCAAUUUUGCAGUGCAUCACCUUUUCAACUUCAGCCGGUCCCGAAUUUGAAACAGACGCGGUGAUGUCCUGAUGUGCGUGUUUGGUAUUUAAGUUUGUCCAAAACCCAGAUGCCAAAUUUUCUAAAAAAUGGCAGCAAACUAUUCUCCCAUGUCCGAACCAUUACGACAGAGCACAGAGCGGUACCUUCACCGGUCCCUUUUAUGCAAUUGGACUCUUACUGUGAAGUCAAUCGUGACGAGGAUGUUUACUCUAAAAAUCGUGUAAUUGGCAACUUAGUUAAAUGUGGGUCGUUAAAACAUGCUCUGAACGUAUUCGAUGAAAUGCCUGUUUGUGAUGUCGUCACCUACAACUUGCUAAUCUCUGGGCACGGCCGAUACGGGCAGCCCAAAGCGGCAUUUAACCUUUAUGCUGAUAUGGUUUCACUGGGGAUCAGAGAAAGUGCGACGACGUUUUCUUCUGUUUUAAGUAUCUGUAGCGAUGCAGGGCUCUUUAGAGAAGGAAUUCCAGUUCAUUGCAGGGUGUUAAAACUUGGGUUCAGUUUGAAUUUGUUCAUUGGGAGUUCACUAAUUGAUCUUUAUUUGCAUAAAGGCCUUGAUAAGGUGGCGUUGAGGUUGUUUGACGAAGUUCCAGAGCGGAGUUUGGCUUUAUGGAAUUUGUUUUUACGCGAAUUUUGUGAACUGGGUAAAUCCGAAGAGGUAUUAAGGUUUUAUAACAAAAUGAAGCAGGAUAAUGUAAGGCCGAAUGGGCUUUCAUUUUGCUAUUUGAUUCGUGGAUGCUGUAACGAGAGCUUUUUGCAUGAUGGGAAGAAGUUGCAUUGCCAUAUAAUUAAGAUUGGAUUGGUAAAAUCAAAUAUUUUUCUAUCUAAUGCUUUGGUGGAUUUUUACUCUGCUUGUGGGAAUUUAAUUGAUGCAAUGAAAUCAUUCGAAGUUCUUGAAAGGGAGGAUGUGCUAUCAUGGAAUUCAAUUGUUUCAAUUUGUGCUUAUAAGGGCUUAUUAGUUGAUGCUCUUGAGUGGUUUAGUUGCAUGCAGUUCCAUGGAAAGAGGCCAUCCAUACGUUCGUUUGUCGGAUUACUUAAUGCAUCUAGUGGGACUAGGAAUAUUCUCUUGGGGAAGCAAAUUCACUGUUUAAUCCUGAAAAUGGGUUUUGAUCCUGGCAGCAUUCAUGUGCAAUCAGCUUUGAUUGAUAUGUACGGGAAAUGCGGCAACAUUGAAAGUUCAGUAUUGAUGUAUCAAAGUGCUCCAGAAAGGACUUUGGAAUGCUGUAAUUCAUUGAUGACCUCCUUGAUGCACUGUGGCAUUGUGGAGGAUGUGAUUGAGCUAUUUGGAUUGAUGGUUGAUGAAGGAAUUGGGCUUAGUGAGGUCACAUUUUCCACGACACUGAAAGCAUUGUCCAUGUGUGCUUCACCAAGCUUACACAGCUGCCAAUUGCUACAUUCUUGUGCAAUAAAAUUUGGUUUUGAAUCAGAUGUUGCAGUUUCAUGUUCUUUAAUUGAUGCUUACUCAAGAUGCGGUCAUGUUGAACUUUCUCUAGAGAUUUUUGAAAGACUUCCUUCACCUAAUGUCUUUUGCUUUACAUCAAUCAUCAAUGGAUGCGCCUGGAAUGGAAUGGGAAGAGAAGGCCUCGGGAUGCUGGAAAUGAUGAUCCAAAAGGGUUUGAAACCUGAUUGGGUGACAUUCUUGUGCGUCUUAACUGGGUGCAACCAUGCUGGACUGGUUGAAGAAGGACGAUCUGUUUUUAACUCUAUGAGAUCUCUUUAUGACAUCCACCCAGAUAGACAACAUUAUGCAUGCAUGGUAGAUCUUUUAGGCCGUGCAGGUUUGCUGGAUGAAGCUGUAGAACUGCUGCAGCAGGCAGCAGGAAAGGGUGAUUCUGUGAUGUGGAGUUCAUUGCUGCGAAGCUGUAGGGUCCAUGGGAAUGAGAGGGUAGGAAAAAUAGCUGCAAAAACCUUGAUGGAGCUUGAGCUGGAUGACUUUUCAAUUUAUUUGCAGGUCUCAAACUUCUAUUCUGGCAUUGGGGAGUUUGAAGCCUCAGAGCAAGUUACAGAGAAUUGUACGGCAAGGAAGGUGACAAAGCAGAUUGGUCAAAGUUUAAUUGAGGUGACCGUUUGUGUGUAGCAGUGUUAACAGAAUCAAGCAAAAAAUUCACUUACCAUAAAGAAGCCUCCAGAGUAUCAUGCAGAAUUUAGCUUUGAUUUCAUGAAGCUAGUUCCUGCAUAGAUCUACUAUGGGAAGUUUUCAGUUGGCUGAAUUGUUUGGCAUGCAUUUAAUGAACCAACAGGAAGCUUGGAGUAUUACAAUGCAGGAAAAGUGGUAUAUGAAAAUGUUGGCAUCCUGGAAGAGCUUGAGAGCUUUGAAAUAGAUGAUGCAUAUGAAGUGGAAACUGUUGAUGUCCCGUCUUGGGGAAGCCAGCA